AUGGCACUCUCGCCCUUCGGCUCUCGUUCGCCAUCCAUGACGGUCCAUUCCCCAAAUACAGCAAUCAGACUAAGAGCUACUGCUGCACAGAAAUCAGUUGCUGGACCUUCAGCUGCAGCCGUGUCAAGGCAUGUACAGAAUGGGGAUCGCGAGCUCACCGAACAACUGAACAUUGAUGUCCGGGAACGAUAUGUCAAAGGUAUUCGAACAUAUGGUGCAGUGUUUUUCACGGGCUGGUAUGCUAACAGAGAACUAGACAAGAAAGUAGGUGAAGGUACAUAUGCCAUUGUAUAUGUUGGCCACCUCCGAGACGAUCCCUCAUCCCUCGUCGCGAUCAAGAAGAUCAAAGUCAAUGCCGAAUACAAGGAUGGGCUUGCUAUGGAUGCGGUUCGUGAAGUGAAGUACCUUCAAGAGUUGAGGCAUCCCAAUGUCAUUGCCCUCCACGAUGUUUUCUCUUCCAAGGACCAAAAUCUGAGCUUGGUUCUUGAGUUUCUUCCCGGUGGAGAUCUUGAGAUGCUCAUCAAAGACAGUGACAUUCAUUACGGUGUGGCCGACAUCAAAGCUUGGAUGGGGAUGCUUGCCCGGGGGUAUGGUGACGGGGAGGUUAAAUUGGCUGAUUUUGGUCUCGCCCGAUCCUUUGCCGACCCCUUGUUCAAUAUGACCCAUCAGGUCAUCACUCGGUGGUACCGGCCACCCGAGCUUCUCUACGGUGCGCGACAAUACUCCGGCGCGGUCGACGUCUGGUCCAUGGGGAUGGUCUUUGCCGAGCUCUUGCUACGGGUUCCAUUCGUGGCGGGUAAUACUGACCUGGACCAAACCUCCAAAAUCUGUGAAGCGUUCGGCACCCCAACGGAGGAGAAUUGGCCUGGGGUCAGCAAAUUGCCCUACUACAUUGCCACUGACAAGGCCCAUUUGGUGCCGUUACAAGGACGCGAUUUCUUCAUGCGACAGUUUCCCACUGCAGGUCCGGUGGGCGCCGAUUUGCUGAUGUCAAUGUGUGCACUUGACCCACGCAAGCGUAGUACAGCUGUCCAGUGCCUGCGACACAAUUGGUGGACCAUUGAACCCCGGCCGACUAAGAACGAAGAUCUCCCGCGAAAAUCUGGCGGGACUCAAAAGAUGGGAGAUGAUUUGACCCGACGUGGUGGUGAGCUUGAUGAGGACAUGUUCAAAAGUGCUGCCCGGCAACUGGAUUUCGGUAUGAAAUAA